AUGUCUGGCUGGGCACGGAUAAGAGAUGCUGUCUUGACUUCCAAGUGGAACAAGCCUUUCCCGGUGACCAUGAUUCCUUCGGCCAUCGGAGUAUACAUGGCUAUCUACUUUGCCGAGAAGCAGAGUGAGCGCCAGAGACAGAUUCUGGACGAGAUCAGAGCACUCGGUGAGAAGGAUUUGGAUGCGGUAAAAGCAAUCGCGAGCAAACCGCGAUGA